CUUCUUUAAACUCGCUUUUUGCGUCCACAUCACACACAAAAACCACUCAAAAAACCCCAACCCUUUUUUUUCGAAAUCAAAAGAGGUUUUUUUAAAACGCAUUUAUAUAACACAUUCCCAUACAGUCCCGGAAGUCAUUCAACUGUUUCUCAUCGCAUAACUCUUUUUUGCUUUGCUUUUUUUUCCAUGUCAUUUGAUUCUAGCAAACCAACGACUGAUCGACUUUCUGAUGUCGAAGAAGGCGAAAUAAAUGACGAGUCGCAAGCUGCAUCCACAACCAAGUCGUCAAGUUCUACGGUCGAGCCUGCAUCUAGUGGUUCUUCUUCCGUGAAAGACAACAUUGAGGAUGUUCAAAUUGUAAAGGAAAACAAGGAUAAUAAAACGAACAGUUACUCCAAAUCGGACGAGAUUUCUUUGAAGGGAAAAAGCGGCUUGAACGCCCUUUCUGUUAACGGCGAAGAAGGGAGCACCAGCGACAAACGGAGCCGUUCGCCAACGCCUCGUAAAAGAACUCGUCCAGGCGAGGUUCCAGGCGACGAUGACCCAUUUGAAGAAUAUGAACGCUUAGCACGCCGCACAAGACGACGAUCGAGCAGUCGUGAUCAUACCUCACCACUGUCGUCGUCAUCAUCCAGUAGACGACGAUCUGAAUCCAAACACCGUCCUGAUUCUAGGCCUCCCUCGGAUUCAAGAUAUCGUUCUGACUCCAGGUAUCGUUCUGAUCCCAGACAUCGUUCCCGAUCAAGGCAUGAGCGCGACCGCGAUUACCGAAGGAGCUUUUCGCCAGAGGAUUAUCAUCGAUCUUCAAACCAUUCAAGCUCGCGCGAUAAGCGAUUGCGGUAUGAGCGCGACAGAUACUCGGAUAGAUACUCUCGUGAUGAGAGAAGAAGACAAGAUAGCCGUAGUCCGAGACCGUCAUCGCAUAGCCGGAGCAGACCAUCACACGAUGACGGUGGACGUGAUUCCAGCUCUUCAAGAUCACGUCAUGCAGGUGAACGACCAGUACAGGACAAGCGUGAUGAAGCUGCAAAGCCUGCUACUACUGCAUCGAGUAGCCAAAAUGAUAGAAAGCGGUAAGUCAUUUAUAGUUAUUAUUGGUUUAUUUUGUCAUUCAUGGUCUUGGUAAUUAUUACUAAUAUGUUAUUUUUGCGAUGGUAUUUUUACCAGGCAAAAAAGUCCAGAAAAGGGUACAACCCUGCCGUCAGAAUCCAAGGAUGAGAAAGAUAUAGAAGAGAAUAACCAAGCAGUUGAUUUCGAGAUCAAAGAUGAACAUGAAAAGGAGCUUGAAGAACAGCGACUUAUUGAAGAGCGGCGUAAACGACGUCGGAUGAUCUUGGAGCGUCACAAAGCAAGUACUAGCAGCAAAGCAAGCACUUCAACCCCCAGUACGCCUGAUCAAGGCGAGAUACCAUCAGUGGAGCUCACAAAAAGCAGCAACAAU